ACCAUGAACACACUAGGACUUUUAUUCCCACUGCUGUAUUCCCAGCUUCUCCUGGACGGAGCCUUUGGGAUCCACAGGAACGUCAGCGCUCCUCGCCACCACCCGCCGUCCUACAUGAUGCGCCUUUACCGCAGCUUCAGACCGGGCCAGACUCCGUCCGAGGAUUACGUGGAGCAAGACAGGACCAAGCAGGCCGACACCAUCCGGAGCGUCAUGUCCAAGAGUGUGGCCUACCGAGAAGCACGCUGGGUCGCAACCUUUGACUUCUCCUCCCUGCUGUCGGACCACCACGUCCAGACGGCCGAGCUGAGGAUCCGAGUUCCCCCGGCGACCGGGCGCCCAGCGAACGUCACCGUGGAGAUCCAGCAUCAGCUGGACCGUCCGUGCCACCACCACGACGUCUGCCUGGAGGAACAGUGGAUGGGGCUCCUCCCAGAAUCCUCUCUGAUCAGCUCGUCCAGCCACUGGAGGGUCUACAACGUCACCUCCCAGCUGGUUCGGUGGAUGGAGAAGACGCUGUCUCAGAGGAAACGGAGGCUGCCGAGGAUCAGGAAAGACCACCCAGGCCUGAAGGCCGUGACGAACGGAGCUAACAGGGCCAUGCUGGUCGUGUUCUCUCACACGGGAUCAAAGAAGGGCCCUCAGGAGAAGUCGAGUCUCCUCCGGACAGCAGAGCGCUCCAAGUUCCUGCUGGCGUCGGACGGUCAGGUGGUUCGGAGGGUGAAACGGCAGAGGACCCGGAGAGGUCAGCCCAUAAAAAGGCACUCGGAGACCCUGAGGCCAGAGAAGGAGAAGAAGAACCUGUGCAGGAGGGUGGACAUGCACGUGGACUUCAACCAGAUCGGAUGGGGCUCCUGGAUCGUCUUCCCAAAGAAGUACAACGCCUACCGCUGCGAGGGGACCUGCCCCAGUCCCCUGGGAGAGGACUUUCAGCCCACAAACCACGCCUACAUGCAGAGCCUCCUGAAGCAUUACCACCCUGGCCGAGCUCCUUCUCCCUGCUGUGCUCCAACCAAGAUGAGCCCCCUCAGCAUGCUGUACUACGAGAACGGAGAGAUGAUCCUCCGGCACCACGAGGAAAUGGUGGUAGAAGAGUGCGGCUGCCUGUGAGAGCCUGGAUCAGCCGCCUGCCUCGUAUCCCCCCAUCUGAGACUCUUCCUGGACAAGAAUGGAGGUGUUCUUCAAGCCCAGAGCAUGGCAAGUCAGUGCUCUCUGAAAAACACCAACAAGUUACGGCUUGAAUGAUGGGUUCUUGCCUGAGACAGAAGACCAGCAAGCUGCGAGUUUCCAUUGCUGUUAAAGUUUGGAGUGUAUCUAGCCAACGUUCUCCAAGAAACACCAGCACGUGGGGUGCACCUGCAUCUGAUGAAUGGGAUUUUGCCGGAAUCGGUGUCGUUCUCGGUGGACCAGCAGCCUGAGCUUCUUGUCAGCUAUGUUGGCUUCACAACUAAGUCAUUCGUCUUGGAGCGCGCCAAGCCAACGUUCUCCAGGAAACACCAACAAAACCUCAACUUCUACAGCGUAGAAGGCAGAGGUGUUAACCACUACACUGACCAACCACUUUGGAUGCAUGAUUUCACGGGCAGGAAACGGUGCAUUUGAAUUUCUUGCCAAACUAUCGCUUUAAUGCCUUUUACUGAAGAUUC